UUUUCUUUCCAUUUUCAUCACUUCUCCAAAAAUGCCAACAAAACAUUGGCUCUCUCCUCCCAUCUCCACCGCCGCCGCGGCGAAAAUCGACCUCUCGAAAGAGGCCUUAUUCGAGAAGCCGCUGACGCCGAGCGACGUCGGCAAGCUCAACCGCCUCGUCAUACCGAAGCAGCACGCCGAGAGGUACUUCCCCAUGAACAACGGGGGCGGGCUGCUGCUCGGGUUCGAGGACGAGGCCGGGAAAUCGUGGCGAUUUCGGUACUCGUAUUGGAACAGCAGCCAGAGCUACGUGCUGACGAAGGGGUGGAGCCGCUUCGUCAAGGAGAAGAGGCUCGAUGCGGGAGACGUUGUCGUCUUCACGCGCCAUCCGGACGACCUCGGUCGCCUCUUCAUCGGAUGGCGCCGGAGGGGCGCCGAUGCCCCUCCGCCGCCGAAUCGCGGGGGCUGGACCGGCCUACUUUACCCUCAAGUUGAUAAUCCCGAAAAAGAGAGAAAUAGGAAUUCGAAGAGGCUGAGAUUAUUCGGGGUGAACUUAGAAUGGGACGAAGAGGAGCCGACUUCGGGUUCAGGGGAAGAGCCAUACCAUGAGUACUACUCGAGCCAUCGUCGAACCGGUCACCCGGUAAGCUUAGGCGUGUGUGAUUCGGCAACUAUUUAAGUCACUAGUUAGAGUUGGUGGAGACGUGACUGGUACAAUUUCCUAGUUUGAUUUAAUUAUUGUUGUUUCCCUUAAUCAAACAGUCACAAUUUCUGCUAUAUAGAUGGGAACUGUAUAAUUGUUGCCUUUAAUUUAGAGAUGAUGAAUUAUUGCUCUUCAGACACA